UUGCACCUGAAUGUAGUGUUAUUUUUAGCGUUUGCUUGUGGAGGAGGAUGUUGCUGUCACAUGACCGCUCCAUCUGAGGACCAGGAAGUAAGAGGGCGGUGCUUCGUAGGGCUGGAGGGCUGAAAAAACAAGCAUCCAUCAUGACAGCCAUAAAGCAUGCUCUCCAGAGGGACAUCUUCACACCCAAUGAUGAGCGUCUCCUUGGCAUUGUUAACGUCUGCAAAGCAGGAAAAAAGAAGAAGAACUGCUUCUUGUGUGCUACAGUUACCACAGAGAGGCCUGUCCAGGUUAAAGUAGUAAAAGUGAAAAAAUCGGACAAGGGGGACUUCUACAAGCGACAGCAGACCUGGGAGCUCAGAGACUUGACAGAAGUAGAUGCCAAAGAUGCAAGCAAGGAAAAUCCUGAGUUUGAUCUUCAUUUUGAGAAAGUUUACCGGUGGGUGGCCAGCAGUACAGCUGAAAAAAACUCCUUCAUUUCCUGCAUCUGGAAGCUGAACCAGCGUUAUCUGAGGAAGAAGGUGGAGUUUGUGAAUGUCAGUUCUCAGCUGCUUGAAGAACUUCCUAAAGCGGAAGAGUCUGUGCCAAGUGGUGAGAGCCAGAGUGUUGCAGGGGGAGAUGAGGAUGCUCUGGAUGAAUACCAGGAACUCAGCACCCGUGAAGAGCAAGACAUUGAGAGCAUGAUGGUGACAUGCGAGUACGCCAUCUCCAAUGCAGAGGCUUUUGCUGAGAAGCUCUUCAAGGAGCUUCAGGUUUUAGAUGGGGCCAACAUUCAGUCCAUCAUGGCAUCAGAGAAGCAGGUCAAUAUCCUAAUGCAGCUGCUGGAUGAGGCACUGGGAGAGGUGGACACCAUCGAGGGCAAGCUGAGCAGCUAUGAAGAGAUGCUCCAGAGUGUGAAGGAGCAAAUGGACCAGAUCUCACAGAGCAAUCGUCUCAUCCAGAUCAGCAACACCAACAAUGGCAAACUACUGGAUGAGAUCCAGUUCUUAGUGAACUACAUGGACUUAUCAAAGGGACACAUCAGGGCCUUACAGGAGGGAGAUCUGACAUCCCCUAAAGGUAUAGAGGCCUGUAUCAAUGCCUCUGAGGCUCUCCUGCAGUGUAUGAAUGUGGCUCUCAGACCAGGCCAUGAAAAACUCAUGGCUGUGAACCAGCAACAGCUCCUGUUUGCUGAACUGAGAGACACCUUUGCUCGCCGCCUCACGAAUCAUCUCAACAAUGUGUUUGUUCAUCAGGGCCAUGACCAGAGCUCAACCCUGUCACAGCACACAGCUGAGCUGACCCUGCCCAAACACAGCCCUCUCCACAGGGACUUACUGCGCUACGCCAAGCUCAUGGAGUGGCUGAAGAACACACACAGGGAGAAGUACGAAGGCCUGUCGAGGACAUAUGUUGAAUAUAUGAGCAAACUGUAUGAGCGAGAAAUCAAAGAGUUCUUUGAAGUUGCCAAAAUAAAAAUGGCGGGUACAUCCAAAGACCCGAAGGGCAAGUUUGCUACGCUUCCGCGGAAAGAGAGUGCACUCAAACAGGAAACAGAAAGCCUACAUGGCAGCUCUGGGAAGCUGACAGGCUCUACCUCAAGCCUGAAUAAGCUCACAGUGCAGGGCUCCAACAGCCGGCGUUCCCAGUCUUCAUCACUACUGGACAUGGGCAACAUGUCCGCUUCUGACCUCGAUGUGGCCGACAGGACCAAGUUCGACAAGAUAUUUGAGCAGGUCCUCAGUGAGCUGGAGCCUUUGUGUCUUGCAGAACAAGACUUCAUCAGCAAGUUUUUCAAGCUGCAGCAGCAUUUGACAGUUGCACCCCCUCUCGCACAGCCAGAGACGGAGGAUUUCGAUGGAAGCUUGCCAUCUAAAAAGCCUCCCCAGGCAGAACACAAACACUCCUUGUCAUCAGAGAAAGAUAUAGUGCGGCUGAUGAUGAAUAAAAUCUUCCAGAGCAUCGAGACAGAGCUCAACAGCCUCAUCGCUCUGGGCGACAAGAUUGACAGCUUCCACUCUCUGUACAUGCUGGUGAAGAUGAGUCACCAUGUGUGGACAGCUGAGAACGUUGACCCGGCCUCUUAUCUCAGCACAACUUUGGGAAAUGUGCUGGUGACUGUCAAGAGAAACUUUGACAAAUGCAUUUCUAAUCAGAUCCGACAAAUGGAGGAAUUUAAGAUAUCCAAGAAGAGCAAAGUUGGUAUCCUGCCUUUUGUCACUGGGUUUGAGGAAUUCGCUGAACUGGCUGAAACCAUAUUUCGCAAUGCAGAGCGUCGAGGAGACCUGGACAAAGCUUACGUUAAGCUUAUCAGGGCCGUCUUCAUGAACGUGGAGAAGGUUGCCAAUGAAAGCCAGAAAACACCACGAGAUGUCGUGAUGAUGGAGAAUUUCCACCACAUCUUUUCUACGCUGUCACGUCUAAAGAUUUCCUGCCUGGAUGCAGAGAGACGAGAGGCCAAGCACAAAUACACAGACCAUCUACAGUCUUACGUAAUCAAUUCUCUGGGCCAGCCUCUAGAAAAACUGAAUCAUUUCUUUGAAGGAGUUGAAGCACGUGUAGCCCAGGGUGUUCGUGAGGAGGAGGUGAGCUAUCAGCUGGCCUUCAACAAGCAAGAGCUGCGAAAAGUAAUCAAAGAGUAUCCUGGUAAAGAGGUGAAAAAGGGACUCGACAAUCUUUAUAAGAAGGUGGACAAACAUCUGUGUGAAGAAGAAAGUCUGCUGCAGGUGGUGUGGCACUCCAUGCAAGACGAGUUCAUCCGUCAGUACAAGCACUUUGAAGAUCUCAUAGGCAGGUGCUACCCUGGCUCUGGGAUCACUAUGGAGUUUACAAUCCAGGACAUGCUGGAGUACUUCUCCAGCAUUGCUCAGUCUCAUUAAUCUUGCUGCUAUGCACCUUUCCUUAAUGAUUCAUUACUGGCUCACACUGGCUGAAGAUACACUAGCAAUUUACAAACUACCAUCUAAUGCUUUUUGAAUUAAGAACAUUUCCUCUUUGUGUUUUUAUUUGAAUGAAAGGGAAUUUGUACAUAAGACAGUGCUAGGGAUAUUGCUGCAUUUUUUUUGUGUGUGUGUUUCGUUGAGAUUUAACAACAGCUCUCUAAAUACUUCUUGUUUGUCAUAUUUUUAUUAUUUCUUGAUGCCAUAUGUACAUAAUAAAUUAGCAUCUGCACAACCCCUCCUAGUAUUUGUCGCACAUUUCUGUUUGUUUUACCGUUAAGUCAGGGGAGUGUCCUUGCUCUCGAUACUGGAUGAGAGCAGGGAUAGGACCAGUGGUGAAGUGUAACUUUACUGAAGUAAAAUUUUAAUAUACUUUGUUAAAGUAUAUCUGUGUUAUUUUGCUUUUUCUUUACAGUUGAAUGCAAACAUUGCAUUUUGUACUGCGCACAUUUACUUUAAAGGUUAUACAUCUCCAGCUGCAUCAAUAAAGUGAUAUAUACAUA